UGAUACCCUUGACCUGCUUUGCUAUCACUAGUGCAUCCUUCGCUGUUGAUUCUGGCGCUUCCCUUUCACAAUAGAAAUGAUAUGUCUGCUGCCUCCUGCUAAUCAGAGAACGAGCAUCACGGCACCUUCAUACUUUCUCUUUGUUCGUGCUCGAGCGACUUCUGCCCUCCGAAGGGAUAUAUGGUGCUGUGCUUAAGCAGUUGUCAUUCACAGAUGAUCUACCCUGCCCGUAAUGAAAAUUGAGCAGUUCCAAAUGCGCGAAAUAGCAAUCUCACAGAGUCCUGAAACCACUGUGACCUCAGCUUACCCGUCUUCAGCUGAAUCAAUCGGCACACCGUCCAGCAGUCAAGAGGCGUCGCCAGCUCUUGCCACAGAUCACCGACUCAGCCCGUACGCCUCGCCAACAACGCUCCCGGCAUCGACUACAAUGCCGAGGAGAUUGACGGAAGACAAGGCAACGAAGCUUGGCUAUGUCCGUGCUAAGAUGGCAUGCACUUACUGCCGCCGACGUAAGGUUCGAUGCCUCAAACUCCCGGAGAACCCGACGUGCCUCAGAUGCAGCGAAUCCGGACAAAAGUGUGAAUUCGUACCCGUGAGCAAUGAUCAGGCAGCUAUAGCACCGAGACGUCCCAGGAGAACAAGAAAUGCUCGUGAUGGGGAACGGCCGUCAGUUCGCACAGGCAGAUCGCGACGACCGCCCGCCAUACUACCAGAGUCCAGGUCCCGUCCAGCGAACGAUGAAGCCGCCUCUGGAACGUUUCAGGAUAUGUCACGAUUGGAUCUUACGCAUGGGGACCACACCGACCAACAUGCAAUUCAGAACGUCUACCCUUUACAGGAAAAUUACAUAUACUCACAGCCACCACCAUCUGGUUCCUACGACAACUUGCACGAUGCUUCUGGCCACGGAUAUUCAAAUGCUUCGCACCAAUUUACACAUCCAAUGACGGGCUAUGGACAAGAAGCGCAUGUCGCAGGACAUCUUCCCAUAUCGUAUCACGGAUUUCAGUAUCCGUCUGCUCAUUGGUCGCAAGAUUUGGUACCGGUACCAUACACGCCAGCGUCCGUGGGAGGAGACUUGCAGCGUCUGAGUGCACAAGCUUCAAGCCUCUAUGUCCCCAUGGAUCUCUCAAAUCCAGGUCCGCUCGUACAAGAUUACGACAUACCGGACGCUCCGAGUACCCAUUCCCGCCAGGAAAGGCAUCUGGCGGCCCAAAAUUAUCCUUCAUCACGAGUCAAUACCCGCGGGCGGCGGAUUCAUCAAUGAUGUGAUGGAUAUUGACGACUCAGAAAAUUUCAUCGCUCCCGUAUUUGCCGACGCAUCACUGAAAUGAUUCCCUACGAAAUCCUCUUAGCUGGACGCGACUCCUGCCAGACUCGUCUUGGGAGCGGCAAAGCAUUAACAUGCCAGGGAAUCAUUUGGUUUCAGAAGCGUUCACGAUCGUCACGCGCAAAUAUCGCCC